AUGCGAAGUUCCUUUCUUAGUAAAACGUUAAAUUAUGUGUGUAAACGUAAAGCAUCAUGCACGGUUAAAAAAUUAUCAACAAUCGAAUUAAUAAAAUUAUCAGAUCGAUGCGUCGCAAAUAAUUAUUCUCCCUUACCUGUCGUCAUUUAUAAGGGAAAAGGUUCGCGAUUAUACGAUGUCGAUGGAAAAGAAUAUUUGGAUUUCUUAUCAGGUUAUGCAUCCGUAUCAUUGGGUCAUUGUCAUCCGAAAAUAUCAAAAGUUAUUUGCGAACAAACAAAAUUGCUCACACACGCAUCCAGAGCUUUCUACACGCAAGCUUUGGCCGAAUAUGCUGAAUUCGUAACGGAAUUAUUUUGUUACGAUAAAGUACUUCCCAUGAAUUCCGGAACGGAAGCUGUCGAAACGGCAGUGAAAUUAGCAAGAAAAUGGGGUUACAAAUGUAAAGGUAUAGAAGCAGAUCAAGCCAAAAUUAUUUUUGCCGAAAAUAAUUUUUGGGGAAGAUCCAUAGCUGCGAUAUCCGCAUCAUCAGAUCCUGCAAAUUUCAGCAAUUACGGUCCUUUCGUACCUGGUUUCGAUACCGUACCAUUCAGCGAUAUAGAAUGUUUAAAAAGUAAAAUAUGCGAUCCGAAUUUAUGCGCUUGUAUUAUAGAACCCAUUCAGGGAGAAGCUGGAGUCAUCAUUCCAGAUCCCUGUUAUUUAAAACAAGUACGAGAAUUAUGUACGAAAAAUAAAGUUUUGAUGAUUGCCGACGAAGUUCAAUGCGGAUUGGGAAGAACCGGAAGUUUAUUGACUUGUGAUAUAUACAGAGUUAGACCGGAUAUACUAGUUAUAGGAAAAGCAUUAUCUGCCGGAUUCAUGCCAAUAUCCGCCGUUUUAGCUGAUUCUGAAAUUAUGGAUGUUAUAGAACCAGGUACCCACGGUUCGACAUAUGGAGGAAAUGCACUCGGUUGCAAAAUAGCAACAGCAUCAUUGAAAACUCUUUUAGAAGAACAUAUAAUUGAUAAUUCUAAAGCAAUGGGAGAACUUCUUAGAGCUUGCCUAUGUAAUCUUCCUAAGGAUAUCGUAACCGAAGUACGAGGAUUGGGAUUGUUAAAUGCUAUCGUUCUUAAUUGUGACAUAAAUGCAACGGAUAUUUGUUACGACAUGAUGAAACAUGGUCUCCUCGUAAAGGCAAACAAACAAAAUCUGAUACAUUUAUUACCACCUCUUAACAUAACCGAAAAAGAUAUAAUGAAAGCGGCAACCAUAAUCAGACACUGUCUUGAAAAUAAUCGUGGGAAUUGUGAAGAAAAUAAAAUAAUGACAAUUAAACCUGUACAUCAUAAGGGACAAAAAAAAUUACCCAAAUAUGCGGAAAUAUUAAAAAAAAUAACUACUCGUACGAAAUCUACGGAAAAUUCAACGGUAUUUCAUUCCAACGUUCGAAAAUAUUUAAAUGAAAAACAAAGGCGUUUAAAUGUUUAUUUGUAA